CGGAAGCCGGGCGGGCGCCUUUCGAACCGUGCCUGGGGAGGUGGUGGCAGCGAUCGAGGAUGCACCAGGCCGGCAUGGCGACGGCGGGGACGCCCCGGCAGCGUAAGUGGCCCUCGAAGCGGAGGAUCCCUGUGUCCCAACUGGGCAUGGCUGACCCCCACCAGCUUUUCGAUGACACGAGCUCAGCCCAGAGCCGGGGCUAUGGAGCCCAGCGGGCACCCAGCAACCUGGGCUACCCUACAGCCUGCACCUCGCCCCAGGGGGCCUUCCUGACUGAUCCCGUGUCCAACAUGGCCAUGGCCUAUGGGAGCAGCCUGGCUGCACAAGGCAAGGAGCUGGUGGAUAAGAACAUCGACCGUUUCAUUCCUGUCACCAAGCUCAAAUAUUACUUUGCCGUGGACACCUUGUACGUGGGCAAAAAGCUGGGCCUGCUCUUCUUUCCCUACCUGCAUCAGGACUGGGAGGUGCAGUACCAGCAGGACACGCCAGUGGCCCCCCGCUUUGACGUCAACGCUCCUGAUCUCUACAUUCCAGCUAUGGCUUUUAUCACCUAUAUCUUGGUGGCUGGCCUGGCACUGGGGACCCAGGAGAGGUUCUCCCCAGACCUCCUGGGUUUGCAGGCCAGCUCAGCGUUGGCCUGGCUGGCAUUGGAGGUGCUGGCUAUCCUGCUCAGUCUCUACCUGGUCACUGCCAACACUGACCUCACUACUAUUGACCUGGUGGCCUUCUUGGGCUACAAAUAUGUUGGGAUGAUUGGCGGGGUCCUCAUGGGCCUGCUUUUUGGAAAGAUUGGCUACUACCUGGUGCUGGGCUGGUGCUGCGUAUCGAUCUUUGUGUUCAUGAUCCGGACGCUGCGGCUGAAGAUCCUGGCGGAGGCUGCGGCUGAGGGAGUCCCAGUGCGGGGGGCACGGAACCAGCUGCGCAUGUAUCUGACCAUGUCCGUGGCGGCGGCACAGCCUCUGCUCAUGUACUGGCUCACCUUCCACCUGGUGCGGUGAGGGUGGUAGGGCCCGCCUCUAACUGCUGUUCCUGGAGGCUCAUCUGCCAAGCACCUGCCAGCCGCAGCUACUAUGGUCCAGACGCCCCCCUCCGUGCACCAGCACCACAGAACCCCCCACCAGGUGCAGACGUCCCCAGCUGUGCCGGCCACACACCCCCC